AUGGGCAUCUAUUAUAGUCUGAUGUCUGGCUUUUCCUCGCCGACAUCAACUAUUAAUCGAAAUGCCCAUUCAGUAAUACAUUCGAAAUCAUCGAACAAACGUCGACGUCGGCAUAAGCGACAUCAUUUACUGAAUCGUUUUUUUCUCGGUUCAACGCAUUAUUUUGUCAAUACACAAAUUCAUACAUGUCUUUUCCAUGAAUACUAUACAACAAAUUCAAAUCGUGAUGCUUUAUCACCUGUACAUUUGCAACUAUCGCUGUCAGAAUCCAAUCAGUCAACGGCCAUAUGUCCAAUACAUUGUUCAAUUGCAAUAAGACGAGAUUCAUUAAAACUCAUUCACCGUUCAGAUGGUUUAUAUGCAAUUGAUUUUAUUUUCGAUGCAGAUCAACCCGUUCAGAUUCACAUCUAUUUUAUGGCACAUGAAAUAAUCACAAAUAGUUAUGGAUCUCUCUCAUAUGUAUGUUGUUCAUACGUUAGUCAGUUGGAUAAAUUUCAACAGUAUUAUGCAUUUAAUUGUCCAGCUGGUUACGGACAAGUAUUUUCAUCAAUUCAACAUGACAUUCGCUUUUCUCUGUCAAAUUUCAAUGAAGAACAUUAUGGAUGUAAAAUAACAAGUCGACUCUAUCCCAUUGUCAUCGUUUGUAAAGCAAUCAAUGUCGAAUUAGUCAAAAGCCCAUCGACAAUUUGUGGUAUGACAGCUCAUCAUCACACGACGGCUAUUGCAACAGUAGUUCCCACAUUCGAUCAAUAUCAUAUCAUCUUAGCCACAGUAAAAUUUCGUCGACCGAAUUCAACAUCGGUGUCGUCGGACAAGAAUUCUGAUUGCACAUCAAUCGCUUUACUUAGUCAAAAACAUGUUUACAAUGGUAUUAUUUUUAAAUUGUACGAAUUGUAUGGUUUGGAAAAUCCUCUAUCAAAAUUCCUUCCAAACCACGUUACUGAGCGACAGAAACUCGCCUGUCAAAAGAAAUCCUUAUUUAAAGUUGUCACCACACCAGCUUUAUUUGAGAAUGAACCGUUUAUCUCAAUGAAUUCAAUUAAUCGUAACAAUGAUAUUUGUUUAUCGAAUGACGACAAUAAACAAAUACGGAAAGUGAAAAAAUCUCGUUCAUGUACGGACUUGACUUUGAAUAAUCCGAAUGAAAGUACUUGUGUUAUUUGUCUCACGGAUAUACGAAACGUUUUACUUCUCCCAUGUCGACAUUUAUGUCUAUGUGGAUCUUGUGCUGAAAAUCUCAAAUUUCAAUCAGCCAGUUGUCCAAUAUGUCGUGUACCGUUUCGAGCUUUACUUCAGAUCGAUGCUUUACACCAUCGAGAUCUACCUGAGAAUGAUGCUGAUGACGAGUAUCUGUAUGAAAGUAUUUCACUUCUUGACGCUCUUAAUUUAGCUACAAUGAAAAGCAAACAGUCUUCAUCGAAACUGAUAACAACCAAUGAUUUGUAUAUCAAUCGGAGACCAAUAACAACAACUGAUCUGAAAUAUUUUUGUAGUGAACACACUGUGUGA